CUCCGUCUGUUAUGUCAUGUUAACAGGCUUAGCUCAGCUCAAGAAGAGAAUACCAGGGCUUCCGUAGUGAUCAAUGUUUAAUGGUUUUCAAUGAUUCCUAACCUAAUUGAACGGUCUAUAACCGGUGAAAAAUUGACAUCGGAAAGCAACUUAAUAAAAAGAUCCAACAUAAUGAAAAUUGAAUAUUAAAAAAAUAUGGUUCAAUUAAUUAUCCGCGACACUUUUCUUUUUGCACACCCUGAAAUUUAACCCACUGGUGGAAAAAAAUGUGUACUUAAUUUCAGUAAAUCAGUACGUUUGACAAGAAGUCCUGCAAAUGCUAUGUAUUGUCUUAUAACCUCUUGACAUUUCAGUCGUAUGUGAUGAGUUGCGAAGUCCGCAGUUUUGAGAGGAAUAUCAUUUAUGUGGACUAAAAGGGAUUUUUACGGAGAGUGAAGAUGGAAAAAAUGGUAUUAAAUAGGUUCAACGAAAGCGAUGGAUGGGGGGAAAUCAACCCUGUUACUUUAUCCUCGGAUUGGAGCAGAGUCGCAAGGCUGCUGACGCUGGCAGGUCUCUCUGUUGUCGGGAGCCUUGGAAACGUUUAUAUGAUCAGCGCAGUGAUGAUAGAGGACCAUCUUAAAAAAAGAGGAAAUACUUUUAUUGUUAACGUGGCAUUGGCUGAUCUACUUAUCACCGGAGUCGUGAUGCCAGCAUCUGCCAUAGUCAUCCUUGCUGGACUAGACCCAGCAACGGAGGUGUGCAAUGUACAGUGGUUCCUCGCGAUACUGUCUUGGCUCGUGACUGUCCUGAGCUUAGCAGCGACUGCAGCCGAGAACUAUUCGAGAUUAUGCCUCUCUCCAGAGACCUAUGCAAGACUGACUACAAGAAGAGUCACUAUCAUUGUCCUAUCGAUUUGGGCGGUUAGUAUCAUCGUCGUCACCAUUCAACAGAUAUUCAACGUGGGUCCGAGCUACUGCAAAAGACCUUCCGGCAUCCUACUGUACCAGGCGAUGACCGCCAGUAUUUUUUUUAUAUUGCCGGCACUAUUGACGACAUUUUAUUACGCGAAGACCAUAAUGCAAGUCCGUUUGGCCAGAACCCACCCCAGUUUCAAACCGCCAGUAGCGUUCGGUUGGGAUUAUUCCUUGAUGAAAACCAACAUGUACAGUUUCUGUUUAUUCUUUCUCUUUUGGGUACCUUUCGGCGUCAUUCUCUUUAUUGACUCGGUCAAAUCAAUAUCACCGAAACUUUUUUACAAUCUAGCAUGGAUCGCGCUGAGUAAAUCUUGUGUAAAUAAUUUCCUUUAUUGUAUUCUAGACCGUCAUUUUAGAAGCGCCUAUAUAAAUUUGUUUCAUUACUGUUGUUGUAAAACGACAGUCACUUUUUCUAGGAGGACGAGAGAAGUUGCGAGGCCUUCUGGCGAUGUAAGGGUCCACAUUAUCCCAGGGUACAAUAUGUAUUCAUACACAAGCCCCCAAAGGUCCGGACGCGAAUGCACUAAAGUUACUUCUGGGAAAAGAACGUCGGCAAAUCGUCCACCGAGGCCUCACCACAAUCGUGACGUUUAUGAACUCUAAAUCGCUCAAAUUCUAGAGACAAUUGGGGCAUUUUAAUUAACAAAAACGAAUCAGAGUUAAGCAGAAAUGACUUGGAGAAUUUAUUGUUUUAAUCGCAGCGAGGGAUUCCAUCCAAUUAACUUUUAAUUGGAAAUUCCUUAUCGUCGACCAUUUAUAGAGAAAACAAUUGCAACGAAAAAUAAUACUCUUCGAAAGAUUCAUAUUGACCAGUCAAACAAUUAACAGCCUAGUUCAUUUUCUCUCUUGACUCACCCAAACACAAACACUUAUUAAAUUAUUAUAAUUUCUGGUGUAUGCAAAAGAAAGAAUAAUAAACAGUGCUUCCCCAUAUGUGGAGUAAUUAUUAUAUUCUCUUAAUAAAGGAGAAAAAAAUUUUAAAAAAACUUUUCAUACGCCCAACUUAAUAAAAAAAAUAGUAGUUUUAAGUAUUACUAGGACUAAGAAUUUCAUUCGUCCGUUUUUCAUAUAUUGUUAACUCUUUAAUGAUCGUUUACAAUCGUUUAUAUCCCAUUUUCCAAUGGUUUAUUUCAAGAAAUACAAAGUAUAAGCAACAGUUUCCAAAAAGAGUGUAAAAUUGGAUCUUUUUACUUUAUUAUGUACCUGCUCCCACAUUGACUGCAGGUUAGAAAAAAAGGCAAAAUUGAAUCGACAAAAUUUGUAAUUAAUUUUCUGUACAACCUAGCCAAAAUAUUCACUCCCAAGUCAGUUCUGCUUUUGAUCUUUGUCUUAGGACUUAUUUUUAAUAACGUACGGACUGUCUAACCUAAGGCCUAUUAGAAAAACAUUAUUCUACUACUAUUUUUUGUCCAAACCAACUUGACAAUAGGACUAUUGGGUGCUGAGGUGUAAAUUAAAAUAGAUAAAAUAACUAUCCUUAUAAAAAAAAAUGGGGUAUGAGCCAUUCUUAAAAACAAUUUCGACAUUCCAUAAAAAAUUUGUUUUUUUAUAAAAGACUAAUUCUUGCAUUUGGUAACUUAUAAUUUUCAAGGGCAGACAGAACGUUUAUAUAGAAACCUAUACAUCUUUUAUAUGUGUAUUUAUUAAAGGAAUAUAUUUAUAUAUGAUAUAUAUU